CGGGCCGCAUGCAAGUGCGCAUUAAAUGUGUCGGUAGUGUGUCGUAUUCGUUCCACUCGCACUUUUCCACGUUUCAUCAUCUAGAUUCUUCUCUCAGUAUAUUACCAAACCAUCGCUUUUCAUUCGAACGUAUUCCACCCGAUGGAGCUACGUCAGCCGGAUACUCGGCAUGCUUCUUCACGCUCCUGCACGCUGUUGUGCGAUGUAUCGUGAUAUUUCUUCGCUAUAGUGUUAGAAAGCUUUCCAAGAAGAGAAAGGGAUUCGCAUAGAGCAAUACGGUCAAUUUUCUAUACAGACUCGUAGUCUUGUAUUUUGACGGACAUCAUCGACGAAAAAAGAUAAAACAAGAAUCAAUUGUAAUGUAUUCCAAUGAAGGGAACUGCCGCUUCUCAUUACAUGAGGGGGAGAAGCAGAAGUAGGAGGAGAAUAGAAUAACACACGGGCAUGAGAAAGACGACGGUACGGGACGAGACACUUGAAGUGCGCGGCGCGCAGGCGGAAGUUCGACGUGCGUUGUUAUGUUUUUUGCGGAACUAGAUGUGCGACGUUGUUAUUUGCCACGGAUUUUUCGAUCUGUCGUUUUCAUUUCAAAACUAGUGCGUGGUGUUAAUGAGAUCAUGAUCUUUGAUUGAAUUGUCUUUAUCAAUCGUUCGAAUCAAGACAGAGAGAGAGAGAGAGAGAUAAUAUGAAAAGACUGAGCAGUGCAACAGGCCAGCGAGACAGUGUAAUAGAAACAAUUAGAAAAUAACAGAAGGUGACAGAAAGAAGGAAAGAAUAUUUGCCAACGAACCGGUGAUUGCUAUCGUAUUACGUAGUUUUGCGUUUGUGUUGUUAAUAGCAAUGUGCAUGCGUUGACGUGUACGUGUACGAAAAAGACAAGACGGAAUAUAGAAACAUGUCGGUCUGCUGCGCGCGCAUGUGAUUGUUCUCCCGCGAAAAUGCAAUACAAGGUUAGUACUCAUCGUAUGGUAUCAACUAGUAUACGUAUUUUUAUAGAACGUGUGUAACGCGUUAUUUUAUCGAAAAAACUAUGUCAUUCGGUGGACACAUAAAAUUAUAAUUCAAGGUUAUGUGUAACAUAGUGUUUUCCUGACGGUUGUGGUUUUAUACUUCAAGCAUCAGCGUUCAUUGGUUGCCAAGAACUUGAGAGUAUAACAAACAAUCUCGUCAGAAGCAAAUUUUUACUUCGAUAACAUUAGAAUGUGAAACUCGAAUUGGAUAGGAACGUACGGUACCGAGGAUCGAUUCUCCGCACCUCGAACGAAUGAUACAUGUAAUGUACAUCCUUUCGACAAGCAUAAAAUAUUAGAAGAUUAACGAAUCGACAGCCUAGCGUAGAGCUGUACUUGGAGCAUCUCUUCGAAAUUAUUCUUUGUGACGAGAAGACUUCGAAUCGAGGUCACUUAUGUACCGUGAAGAGAACGAGCAAAACAGAACCGCAAACCUGGUUCCCCAGCAGUCAAAUGGUGCAAACACGUUUGAGCAUCUGGAACAUUCGCAGGACAGCAUGGAAAACGGGGACGAGGUGGUUUCCACACGAGUCCAAACGGACGCAUCGUCGUCCACCAACAGCACGCCAAGACCACGUGCACCACGAAAUUGUGCCCGAUGUCGCAAUCAUCGGCUGAAGAUCACUCUAAAAUCGCACAAGAGGUACUGCAAGUAUCGUUAUUGUAACUGUGAGAAGUGCAAGAUCACAGCCGAUCGGCAACGAGUGAUGGCGCAGCAGACGAAGCUAAGAAGACAACUGGCGCAGGACGAAGUCAAAGUCAGAGCGGCAGAAGAGAAAUUGAAGAAGACGAAAGUUUGGAGAUCAUAUGAAACAGUGGAUCCACUGCCAUUUGGUGCAGAAAACGAUCGAGUUUCGUCUAUUCCUCAGCCAGCUAUAAGUAUCGAGGGUAGUUACGAUAGCAGCAGUGGCGAUUCACCGGUCAGCAGUCACGGUAGCAACGGCAUACACACUGGUUUUGGUGGUGUCAUCAGUAUUCCUCCUUCCAGAAAAUUACCGCCGAUGCACCCCCAUACCGCAACGAUCUCCCACUUGCCGCAGUCGCUAACCAGUGAAAGCGUGGAAAUCCUGCUGGAACAUAGUACCAAGCUCGUAGAACUCUUCCAAUAUCCUUGGGAAGCGAUAUUGUUGAUGUACAUCAAUUUAAAAUAUGCAGGAGCUAAUCCCGAGGAAGUCGUGAGGCGCAUGGUCGAUGCUAGCAACGAAAUUCGAAAUAUGCACUUCUGGAAAGCAGUCAGGAUGACCCAGCCUAGUCGAUCGUUCCGUUGCACCGCAGCAUGCACUGCGCCUACGGCACCUCCGACAGGACCGCCAACUUACGAGGGCCACGUGCCUUACAUAGGGGUUGUACCACCUCCGAAUCCUGUCCACUACAGACCGUUUUUGCGGCCUGAGAAUGCUCAUAUACCAGGCACGAGAAUACCAUCGAGCCCGGAUGGUCCUCCAGAACAUUCAACGUAGCCUCGAUCGAUAAACAACCAGUGAAGUAACACGUUUGGAAGAACAGAUCGAACCCAAAGAGAAAGGAAUAUGGCGAAGAAGAGGGGAAGAAGAAGGGGAAUAAGCGUACGUAAAGGAUCUUUGAGGAGGGAAACAACGAGCGAGUGGAAUCUCUCCUCCAUCUCUUCUCAAUGGAGAAUGUUCUCCAUUUUAUUCUAAUGUGCAUUCUCUGAACAGUCGGAUUCGCCAAUCCACCACUUGAAUGCCGAGUUCACUAUUAAGUGGAACCUUCAUACUUUUUGGAAAUAGCCUGCGGCUAUGUUGUUUGGUUCUCUCGUGUCGAUAUUUAUCCGUAGUAGAAUACGCGAGAAAUUUAGUUGUUCGAUACCACGAAUGGAUCGACACGAGAAAGUCUCGCCGACGGUAAGGCGAAAUUAGGAUUAAGAGAACUAAAUUUUCUUACUGUUUCGGAAGAAAGGAAGGAAAUACGAGAGCCUCCGAACGAUAGAAAAGGAUGCGUAUCAUUCACGGACAAUCGAUAAAGGAAAAUAACGUUCCAUGGUCUCUCUCUCUCUCUCUCUCUCUCCCCUUCGUUCGAACAACAGCGUUGCGAUUCGAGUGCCGUGUUCCAAACACAAAAGAUAUUCAGUUGCAAACAAAAUCCAUAGAGCAAGAGAGCGAGGAAAAGAGAGGAAGAGGGAGGGAGAGGGAGAGAGAGAGAGGGAGAGAGAGAGAAAAUGGAACUCAAGAGAAUAGGUUAUGUUCCACAGGGUUCUUCCCGUUGUUGUUUUUUUCUACGCUGACCGAGAGAACAAGAAAAUCAUAAAGGUUUUUGUGAGUGGAUAGUGGGAUGCCGAGGUUCAUGGACAACCUAUACCUCGGGCACCCCUCGUCCUUGCACGUCCUUCGGUUCGUUAAUCGAAUCUUGCUCGCUCCUUCUUUCUCUCGUUAUAUUUCAUUUUCUCCUCUCUUUACGUUUUCCUUUUCCUACCCACUUUCAAUUUGUUCCUUUCGUUAAAUAGUUUCCCUUCGAGCUAUUCUCUUCUCUCUUGCUCUCAGCGCAGAAUAACAGAGCGCAUCAUGUUGUCAAGACAGGAAACGAGGAACGCAUGUUGGAGCUUGUUCGUAAGAUUACGAGAGACGACCAUCGCCGACCGGUUGCUAAAGCUCAGUCGCCCGUGAACGAGAUCGCUCGACAGUCUUUUCGAUGAUCAAGUGUCAUCGUGUGCUAUAAAACUCGCAUGUACGGCCGACCGAGUUCCUCUGGCUUGGACUACGUAUUUUGAAACUCUUCGUCGUGCUCGGCUCCGCCUCGUAGUUUCCCUCAUUUCCACAGGAAAGUGAUUUCGUUCUGUUCGCGGUGGAUGACAAGUGUCGAUGAUCACGGUUCUUGCCGGCCCUUGACACACGCGCGACAACGUGAUUCCAAGAAACAUACUGUCUUCUCACGUUCGCUGCAAUCCUUACCUCGACAAAUUUCUAACGUGAUAUCUCCAACCAUGUUCCUUUGAUAAUCAUGUUAAUCUUGGAUGCUUAAUAUGAACUGCUAUGGUACCGAUCGAACGAAAGGCAAGCGAACAAUGAGAAAAGAAGGUGAGGCAAGUGACGCGUUGGAAGAUUCGUAGCGAAUGAUAAUAUAUACGUGUUCGCUUAAAUUUCAACAAAUCGGCAGUGCGGAUUGUAGCUUUCAAAGAAUGGGUAACGAUUCCCUCGAAUCCCUCGGCUAGAAAAAGGAACAAAUCUAGCGAAAACAAGCGAAACAAGUAUAUUUCUCGUUUAUUCUCGCUAUUUUUUAUUCGCUUCUUUCACAAAUAGAUUUAGAUCACGCGAUUGAAACAGUUUGGUAGAGUCCGAGUAACGGGCAGUAGCGGAACUGGCUGAUUUGAAUUUAGGUGAAACAAUUCUAUUGGAAUCUAAGCGAGCACUGUUGUACAGAUAUGCGAACGAACAACGUAAUUAAAAACAAGGUAGAAAAUGGUGUAUUUGAGAGUAAAACGGGUGCAUUGAAAGGAGAUCGCGCGAUUAAUUAAAUGCGUGCGUGCAUGUUCCCGUGAUUUAACCGCGGACACGUACAUAUGUAAGCAUUAAGGUCUCAUUUUGUGGGCGAAUCUUGCGAUCUUGUUGCGUAUCUUUCGCUCCGUCAAAGAGCAACGAUCGUCGACGAAUUUCAGCUAGUCACACGCUUGGUUGGAGUCGGAUCUUAAAGAAAAUCGAUUCCGAUGGGAAACCCAGACAGAGCGUCGAGAAUUGCUUUAGAACUGCCGACAGAUAUUUGACAUGUUAUGGUUUAAUUGCAUCGUGCGAUUCCAGUAGUUCCUUUGCUCGAUUCGGUAUAAUAUACGAAUUCUCUGUGUUUAUUCGAAUCGAGCAAGUUUCGAAGUAUGCGCAAAACUGGUUCAGUUGUGUUUAGCCAGAAAGCUUUCCGUUGUUGCCAAGCGUGCUAUUAUAUGCGAAGAUCGAUCAUAAACGUGUUUGUAUUAGGCGGAAUGAUAGAGCUCGCAGCACCUUUUACUAUGAAGCGAUAGAUUAUACUAACGCGAAUGUUCGCGUCCUAAACCUACGGGUAAAGAGAUACACGGACGCGCAAUCAAGAAAUAGGUGGAUAUUUUAGUUGCACGGACGUGAUGUGACAAAACGUUGGCUGAAAAACUGGUCGUUCCAUUUCUCGGCAAAUUAAUUUUCAAAUAAGAACACCGAGAGCUGUCUCUUCGAUAUGCUGUUUCAUUCUUACCUCCCUUUUUUCCUCCGCACUCCGCCUCGCGUCGGUUGGUAUCCUCCUCUUCUUUCCUUCUCAGAGACACACCGUGAUCCUUCUUUCACCCCUUCCCUCCGUACCUUCGUUCCUUCUUUCUAUUUUUCUCUCUUGCUUUACCUUCUUUUUUUCAUAUCCAUACCACGGAGAACACGUUCCGAGCAAAAAUCUGAUGUCGAAACCUAAUUGGUUGUUAUCCGUACAGAGCUUAAUGACUUGCUCCGAAAUGACUCGCAUUUAAACGAAUUUGCGCUCCUAUAACGAGUAUGCGUGCCAUUGACGCUUACCACUUCAGAAUCAAUGCGCAUCAUCGGCCUGUGUAUUUCAUUUACACGCCAACGCUUACAGAUAUUUUUCUAUUUACUUCCACGAAAUGUGAUCGCACCCACGGACAGAGAAUUCGAUCGAAGAAACGGUCUACCGAUAGAUUGCAUUCGAUCUAGUUGAAUUAUUAUUGAGCAGAUAUGCGGAAUUUGUUCAUAAUCGGCAAUUGAAUAUGUAUAUCGAGGAAAAGAAAUACAGAUCGAGAAUAUAGAAAACGAGAAUAAUCAAAGCGUAUUAAUGAUGUUAGAGGAUUGAUCAUGGAUGUACGAGCGCUGGUCACGUUUCGAAUGCGUGUGCAUGUAUAAAAUUACGCCAUGAAAUUAAGAAAAUGGCGUGUUUCGUGACUGGUAUACCGGAAAUGACACGGUCGUACGCUCAAAGUAAAACGAACGGAUAAAUUCAGCCUUCUCUUGCGAAUGAAUUGUGGGGAAGAACGAUUGCGGUUAAAAUAUCUUGAUGGAUCUGACAAAAAGCUACGAAGGUGGUCGAUAUCGGAGGAAAUAUCUUAAUUUCGCAAUUUUUUCUUUCUUUCCUUUUCUGUUUGUUUCUUUUUUUUUCAAAGAAAGAAAUCAAUACAUGAAAGCCGCUGAGGUGCAGAAUGUAUUCAGAGAAUUUUGUGGUCGGUUUGUAAGCAUCGUUUAUUAUUUGUUUGUGUUAAUUCGGCUUUUGCGAGACUUCUGAAUGAUUUAAAUUUAACAAACGACGGGUUCUGUUUGACAGGAUAGUCCAGCAAGAAAGAGGAUUGAAUUUAGUGACUACAAUAAAUCUCAUCUGAUUUGAAA